UGGAGGGUUAAGUUCGUUCACUGCGAGAUAGAUUUAUUUAGUUAUUUUGAAAACAAUUCCAAGCAACAGAAGUCCUGCACUUGAUUUAUCCCAAUUGUUGCGUAUUACUGCGGAGACAAUCGAGCGCAAUGUCGAGCUUACAGCGAACCAUGCUCAAGGGCAAAUUGCCACCCACCAUUCCGAGCGGACGCAUUGGUAGAGCAGACUCCUUCAAGAAGUCGCGCAUACGUGACUACAAGCCGGGCAUGUGGAACGAGUUCUUUGCCGAAAAGGAGGAUGUCACGGUGGAUGAGCAGCGAACUUUUCGUGUCUAUCGCACCAAGAAGCCCGAAAAGCCGGGCCCCGUUAUAUUGCUACUACAUGGCGGUGGCUACUCGGCACUCACCUGGGCGCACUUUUGUUCGGAGGUGACGAGCAUGAUACACUGCCAGUGCCUGUGCAUUGACCUGAGAGGCCACGGGGACAGCAAGGUGGACGACGAGGAUGACCUCUCGGCAGAUACGUUGUCAAAGGAUAUUGGCGAUUUGAUACUUAAACUGUAUCCAGAGGAAGUGCCACAACUCUUUUUGGUUGGCCACUCCAUGGGAGGCGCCAUUGCAGUCCAUUUCGCGUCCAUGUCAUUGGUGCCCAAUCUAAUCGGCAUCACCGUCAUCGAUGUUGUUGAGGGCACGGCCAUGGAGGCGUUGGCCAGCAUGCAAAGCUUCCUCCGCUCCCGUCCAAAGUAUUUCCAGAGUAUUCCCAAUGCAAUCGAAUGGUGCAUAAGGAGCGGACAGGUGCGCAAUGUGGACAGUGCCAAAGUCUCAAUGCCCGGGCAGAUAAUCAACUGUGCAACGAAUCAGCUGGCAACGAAUGACCUGCCUUUACCCGAUGACGUGCUGGAGGAGGCGCAUCAGACCAGCAUGUUUCCAAAUUCGUUUAGCAUUUCCGAAGAUGAAGAAGUUUCGCCUCCGGGUGAUGGCGAGGAAGGCAGCGUCGACGGUGCCGCAGCUGGCGCUGACUUUAAGAAACCCAUCACGACCAAAGAGGCGACUGAAGCUGCCAGGAAUUACACUUGGCGUAUCGAUCUGUCAAAGUCGGAGAAGUACUGGGUGGGCUGGUUCUCAGGCCUGAGCGACAAGUUUCUCAAUCUUCGUUUGCCCAAGCAACUUCUCUUGGCCAGCAUAGACGGAUUGGAUCGGACCUUGACCGUUGGCCAAAUGCAGGGUCGCUUCCAAAUGCAAGUCUUGGCACGCUGCGGGCAUGCCGUGCACGAGGACCGUCCACACGAGGUUGCCGAGGUCAUUAGCGGCUACUUGAUACGCAAUCGUUUCGCAGAGGCGGCUAGCGAAUUCCGCUGCCACAUGCCGUCGUGUUGAGCGAAUCGCGAGGGUCGCAUCUAUGGUUGAGCACAAGCAAAGGGUCACAAAUAUCUAUUUUUGAAUGGAGCAUUAAAACUUUGAACUAACAGAUGCGUGCAUAACGUAUAUAUAUAUAUAUACAAGAACAACCACAACAGGUAGAGCGUAGGAACAGAUAUAUAUAUAUGGUAGCUGUAUAUUCUAUAUAUGCAUAUACACAUACUUAUACUUCAGUAACUUAUUCGAUAUUUUUAAUUAAAUUUAUGAAUUUUUAACAUCGUACUUUAUGCUCAUUUUGCCAAAAUCCCAUGCAGGAGAAUUCUUUGAGUUUGGGCUUCUUACAUUGUUAAAAAUGUGUGUAUUAAAUAUGUGCCAGAUCGAAUGAAAUUUUAACGGAAUCGAAAUUAUACAAAUGCUAAAAGGUUGAAUAAAGCUAUUAUUAAUCAAA